UUCCAGCUCUCCUCCCUCCUCCCUCGGUCGCCGCUGCAGUCUGACGCCAGGAGGAGGAGGAGGACACCAUCGGACCCAAAGUAGCCCGGGAAGACGAUUAGUUAUGACGGACGCCAACGAGGGGGCGCUUCCUCCUCCUCCUCCUCCUCCUCCUCCUCCUCCUCCUCCUCCUUCUUCUCCGUUGCUGGGGUGCGCGUAGAGAUGAGGAUUCCCGCGGUGGUGGCGUGGAUGCCCGCCAUAGCGGCUCAAGUGCUCACCGAGAGGGGAAACGUGCUCAGAGCAAAGUCGGCCUGCCACCGUUGAGGAGGACCUCCGUGCAGGUUCACGGUGGCCGCAGAGGAGGAGCUUCCUGAUCCAUGGAGAAUUACUUCCAGGCCGAGGCUUUCAACCUGGACAAGGUUUUGGAUGAAUUUGAGGAGAAUGAAGAUGAGACAGACUCCCCCCGUCUCUCGGAUGCCAAGUGGACGCAGAUUCUUGCCCCACCGGCUCACCUGCUCUCGCUGAACCCCGCCCUGGCCCACGCCGACAUCAGUCCCCAGGAGAGUCCGCAGCCGCUGAAGACCCUCCCUGACCCCAAAAGACCUUUGGCCGCUGAGCCGGUCGAUGUCCACAGCCCACCCCUGCCGCAGCCCAACAUUGGCAAACUAGUGGGAGCGGUUGACCGGUCGCCACCGCCCGACACGGCCUGCGAGGAGCAGCGAGGGGACGCCUCCGUCGCGUCCUGCUUCACCUUUGAGGUGGGACUUGAGCAAGAAGGGGCUCCCUCUGAGAAGGUUCAUCCACACGUGGAGAUCGCUACACUGAAUGGAGAGGACGGUUUGCUGGAUUUUGACCAAGCAAGACUAAAAAGUGGAGAACAGGUAGAAAGUCUUCUGAAUGAAGGCGCAGGUAUUGACUCCUUGACAAGACCUGAAUCUGAGCAGCUCCUUCCCAAUGGCUUGCAAUCUGAGAACGGCAGCAGACUAAAUGUACGGGAGGAGGAGGAGGAGGAGGAGGAGGAGGAGGAGAGUUUUUCUCCCUCACCUGUGCCCUCCAAGGAAGACUCUGUGACAGAGGAAAAGGAGAUGGAGGAGAGCAAGCAGGAAAACGGUGAUGGGUUGGUGUUGGGCGGUGUUCGAACAAAACUGAACAACAGCCGUCUCCAACCAGUCAGCGUCCCGUAUGGCGGGGCGCGACCCAAGCAGCCCGUUAGCCUCAAACUCCAAAUCCCGCAGCCUUUAGCGGGACAGGUGCAGAAUCAGCUCAGUAGCAAGAAUAAGAACCUAGACAGCCGCAAGGGGACACCUCCUGAAACCGCGCUCGUUGGGACGGAGGUGACUCCGGUGGUGAACGGUGUCACUGUCCUCCCCCCUUCCCCCCUCGCGUUCUCAUCAGAGAGUCCGGACAACGACCUCCAGGCGGGACAGCAGCAGGGCUCGCUUGGUGGAAAGCCCCGCAGUUCGCUGGGUGAGGUGGCCCCCGUGUGGGUGCCUGACUCGCAGGCCCCGGUCUGCAUGAGGUGCGACGCUAAGUUCACGUUCACCAAGAGGAGGCACCACUGCAGGGCUUGUGGCAAGGUGUUCUGCGCCACGUGCUGCAGCCUGAAAUGCAAACUAGCGUACAUGGACGGGAAGGAGGCUCGCAUCUGCAUCACCUGUCAUUCGGCUCUCACUAGCGCUCGGACGUCGUUGGACUCCCAGCUGACAUCUGGCAACAACCAGAGUCCCAACCCCAACAACCCGGCCGAGUACUGCUCCACCAUCCCCCCCCUGCAGCAGGCUCAGGCUUCGGGCAUGCUUGGCUCACCUCCGCCCACUGUCAUGGUACCGGUGGGCGUCCUCAAGCCAUCUGGCAACGAGGUAUCUGUCACUCGGGAGCAGAGGAGGGUUUGGUUUGCCGACGGCGUCUUACCAAACGGUGAUGACGCAGAGUCCCCCAAAGCUCCCCCGCGCUUGGAGCGGCCCGGCAUCUCAUCGCAUUCAAGCAAAACGGCUGGCUCAGACACAGUAGAGGCGGCCCCCGCUGCAGUGGGCCCGCCGGGCAGCCCUGUGGGCAGCGCCCUCAGCCUGAUCCCGGAGGACGGGCUCCCUCCCAUCCUCAUCUCCACCGGAGUCAAAGGAGGUACGGGAGGCCACAUCACAGAUUAUGCAGUGGAGGAGCGUCCAUCGGCGAUGGUCCUGAUACAGCAGCUGGAGGAGGGAGGCCCCGACCCGCUGGUCUUUGUCCUCAACGCUAACCUGCUCGCCAUGGUCAAGCUCGUCAACUACGUCAACAGAAAGUGUUGGUACCUGACGACAAAGGGGAUGCACGCCGUUGGCCAGGCUGAGGUUGUUGUUCUGCUACAGUGUCUACCCGACGAGAAAACUAUCCCCAAGGACAUCUUGACACACUUUGUGCAGCUGUACCGGGAGGCCCUCAGCGGGAAGGUGCUGGGCCACCUGAGCCACUCCUUCUUCACGCAGAGCUUUCUGGGCAGCAGGGAGCACGGCGGAUUCCUCUACGUCAGCCCCUCAUUCCAGUCAUUACAGGAUCUACUGCUACCAAAUCCUCCCUUCCUCUUCGGCGUGCUCAUUCAGAAGUGGGAGACGCCCUGGGCCAAGGUCUUCCCAAUUCGCCUUAUGCUGCGGCUGGGUGCCGAGUACCGAUUUUAUCCGUGCCCGCUAUUCAGUGUGCGUUUCCGAAAACCGCUUUUUGGGGAGACCGGUCACACCAUCAUGAAUCUCCUGGCUGACUUUCGCAACUACCAGUACGCACUUCCAGUGGUGAAAGGCUUAGUAGUGGACAUGGAGGUGAAGAAGACGAGCAUCAAGAUCCCCAGCAACCGCUACAACGAGUUAAUGAAGGCCAUGAAUAAAUCCAAUGAGCAUGUGCUGGCCAUGGGUGCGUGCUUCAAUGAGCGCGCCGACUCGCAUUUGGUGUGUGUGCAGAACGACGAUGGCAACUACCAGACGCAGGCCAUCAGCAUCCAUCACCAGCCGCGCAAAGUGACGGGCGCUUGUUUCUUCGUGUUCAGCGGUGCCCUGAAGCCCUCAUCAGGCAUUUUAGCCAAAACCAGCAUUGUAGAAGACGGUGUGAUGAUCCAGAUCACGGCGGAGACCAUGGACAGUCUACGCCAAGCCUUGAGGGACAUGAAAGACUUCACCAUCAUGUGCGGGAAAGCUGACCAGGAGGACAAUCAGGAGCUGGUGCACAUCCAGUGGACUGAAGACGACCACGACUUCAACAAGGGGGUCAUCAGUCCAAUUGAUGGAAAGUCGAUGGAGUCCAUCGCCAGCGUGAAGAUCUUCCACGGCUCCGAGUUCAAGGCCAACGGCAAAGUGAUCCGUUGGACGGAGGUGUUUUUCCUCCAGAGUGACGACCAGCCCAGCGGCCUGAGCGACCCGGCCGACCACAGCCGACUAACAGAGAAUGUGGCCCGGGCCUUCUGCAUGGCGCUGUGCCCACACCUCAAGUUGCUGAAGGAGGACGGCAAGGCCAAGCUGGGCCUGCGUGUCACACUUGACUCGGAACAGGUGGGCUACCUGGCGGGCAGCAACGGGCAGCCCCUUCCUCCGGCGUACCUCAGUGACCUGGACAGCGCGCUCAUCCCCGUCAUCCACGGCGGCGCAUGCCAACUUAGCGAGGGUCCCGUGGUCAUGGAGCUGGUCUUCUACAUCCUGGAGAUCAUCUCCUAAGAACACAAGGCGGCUUUUUUUUUACGUGAAAUGAGACCCUUUGACCGUCAGGUGGCGUCAUGUAGCUCCAAAGACUCACGGCCAAGCGCUCGGACCUCGCUGACUACAACGGAUGCACCAGAUGCCCUUUUUUUAAUUUUUUUUUUUCCCCCUGCACUCGGUGCUCAGUGCCUGCUUUUUUGGUUCAUUUCAUUGCUAAAGCUUUACUCUUCAGUCAUCACAUGCAUUGACUUCCUGUACAUUGUGGGUGGGUGUGUGUGUGUGUGUGUGGGGCGGAAGAAGCAGCGUGUAGCCUCCAGAGAUUACACACACACAAAAAAAAACUCAAUAAGGACAAUGGUGAGAAUUAGACUACAGGUUUCAAUGCUUUAUCACACCUCAGCCAGUUGGGAGGGGGGGAAAAGCGAGACAAACACUGUUUGCGGUGGUGUUUGAAUCACAAAGAUGUAAAAAUACAUAAUUAUAUAUAUAUAAAUAUAUAUAAAAGUGAAAUAAAAUGCAGAAAAAAUGCACUGGAUUCUAAGCCAUCUCCAAGAGUUCUUGAAAAGAUCCGAGAAUGAGUUUGAAUGUACUUCAUCGCAAGUUCGCCCGCCCUGUGGCAUGGACCUGGCUGGGAUGCCCCAAGAAUGUAUCCCUUGUCUUUUUUUUUUAAAUAUAUUUCUGUACAGUCUCCGUCUUAUUAUUAGUGCCUGUGACGGAUUUUAUUAAAGCCAACCUGUCGUCAGACUCUCCUCCCAUCGAGACAAUCGGGUGCUUGCUCACGUGUGCUGUGGCAAACUCAAAUAGAAUCAUCUUUUAUUAGCUGAAGCACAGGCACAGGAUUUACUUUCCUGCGUUUUUAACCCGUCACACUCAUGCACACAGCAAAUGAGGUGCCACCCCCACGCACCCGUUUUUGUGU